AUGGGGGAGAACCUGGGCGCUGGCAGCAGUGUCACCAUCCUCUUUGGGAACCAGACCUGCGAGUUCUACGGGUAAGAGAGAGACCCAGUUCACCCCCCCCCCCCCAGACUAGUUCAUUUGUGGUAGUUUAAUACAUCGCUCCUGUAAUGUUUUCAACAAUUAUGACAUUCUCAGAUAAAUAUCAAUUAUCUAACUUUUGCUGUCUUACCCAGUUGGAACUCUCUCUCUUUCAUCUAAGUCAAAGCCCCCUACAUUUCCUUAUCCAGAGCGACUUACAAUUAGUGCAUUCAUGUUAAGAUAGCUAGGUGAGACAACCACAUAUCACAGUCCAGUCCUGGCAAGUAUAUUUUCCCUUAAUAAAGUUGGGACAUCUCUCCUUUUCUCCCUGUCAGAAACAUAUGUACAUCUUAAUAAGGUUUGAUGACCUACUGCAUCAAACCUCUCUAAUAAUAACCUCCAGACAACCUUGUGCACCCAGCCUGGGAUUUUCCUUCCUUUUUCAGUCACCUUUACUUCUUUCUUAGAUCUGCUCUUUUUCAGUUCUCUCUCUCUCUCUCUCUCUCCCACCCUUCCUCUCGCUACCUGUUUUCUUCCUGCUCUACCUCUCUCUCCAUCCCUCCCUCUCCUCUCUCUCCAUCCCUCCCUCCCUCUCUCUCCAUCCCUCCCUCCCUCUCUCUCCAUCCCUCCCUCCCUCUCCUCUCUCUACAUCUCCCCCUCCCCUCUCUCCAUCCCUCCCUCCCUACCCCUCUCUCCAUCCCUCCCUCCCUCUCUCCCUACCUCUCUCUCCAUGCCUCCCUCUCUCCCUACCUCCCUCUCCCUACCUCUCUCUCAUCCCUCCCUCCCUCUCUCUCCAUCCCUCCCUCCCUCUCCUCUCUCUACAUCCCUCCCUCCCUCUCUCCCUACCUCUCUCUCCAUCCCUCCCUCCCUCCCUCUCCUCUCUCCCUCCCUCCCUCCCUCUCCUCUCUCCCUCCCUCCCUCCCUCUCCUCUCGCUCCAUCCCUCCCUCCCUCCUCUCUCGAUCCCUCUCCCUCCCUCCACCCCUCCCUCUCCCUCCCUCCACCCCUCCCUCUCCCUCCCUCCUUCCCUCUCCCUCCCUCCUUCCCUCUCCCUCCCUCCCUCCUUCCCUCUCCCUCCCUCCCUCCCUCUCCUUUCUGAUAUCUAUUUAAAGCGGUGCAGCAGAAGAGAAAGGAGUAGGUUUCAUUGUAAUACUGUAAGGUUGAGGAGUCAAGGCAGCUUUAAUGAGAUCUGGGCUAAUUACUAGCCAUGUGUUCUCAACUGUUAUUCUGACUGUGGAGAGAGAGGAGAGGAUGAGAGAAGGAUGGGGGGGGGGGGUGGCUAAUGAACAGGGCUAGUUUCAGGGGGUGAGCAGGUAGUGCAGGGAUCAAUUGAAUGGGAUGGAGAACUAAUUGUAUUUUAUUUUUAUUUAACCUUUAUUUAAGAAUGAUUAAAGAAGAAACGCAGACAUGGACUGUGUGUGUGUGUGUGCGUGUGCGUGUGUGUGUGUGUGUGCGUGUGUGCGUGUGUUCCCUGCAGGCGGUCCAUGACAGAGAUCGUGUGUUACUCGGCCCCCUCCCUGACUGGGGUGGGUUCGGUGCAGAUCAGUGUGAGUGUGGACCGGGCCCAGGUCAAGGAGAGCUUGAGCUUCGAUUACAUUGAGGACCCCACCGUCCAGCACAUCGAGCCAGAGUGGAGCAUCGCCAGGUAACACCACCAACACCUCUCCUAAACAUGAGCGUAAACAUCUACUUGUCCAUGUCCCCAGUUCCUCAUAGUCAGACCCCAUCAUCAAACGCAACACUGAAAGCUAACAGUCUGAGUUUGCUAGUUUUUUUCUUCUAGCAUUAGCUGUAGAGACUAGUAAUGGUAGUGCAUUGCUGCAGCAUAUCUCAGGUAGACAGUUUGUAAUUAAAGAGAGGGAUGAUGAGGACAGAGAGAGAGAGAGAGAGAGAGAGAGAGAGAGAGAGAGAGAGAGGCUGUGAACAUGUAACAGAGGUCUAAGUGUGCAGCAGAUAGCAGCCGAGAUGGAGUUUAUCUGGAAGAGAAGAGAGCAGCACGUCCUCUCUCUCUCCACUGAGAAACAGAGAGAGAGAGAAGAGAUGAGGGACAGCUCUUUGUUUAGUCAAACUUGUUCUUUCUUUUCUGCAGCGAGAGCACCGCCCCAUGCCUCCUCUCAGCCCGGGAGAAAGGAGGUAGAGGAGUGUAGCAUAGCGUAGUGUAGCCCCGUAGCUGACAGACAGACAGACAGACAGGGCAUCAAAGCUGCUGCCAGGGUGCUGUCUAAACAACACAACCCAGGAAGGCACAGCUAACAUCAACAGGGAUGAGCAUCUUUAAUCUAGAGCACAUCUCUCUAUGUUACUCUAUCUCCUCUCCUUGUACUCUUGAUUGGACUGAAUGGUUAGCAGUAAAGCAUGCUAAACCCUCCUCAUUUGGCGUUUUGCUCAGUGGACCUCAAGACAGUUUGAACAACUAGUCUUGUCUUACCACUGUCCUCCGGAGUGGCUAUAUAGACUGUAGUCACUAAUACUGCAAUACCGCCACGCGCAGACAGAUCUUGAGAUGCUAAUCUAGAUGCUGAUCUAGUGCUCCCAGCCUCCCAGCCCAGUCAUCUAACACUCCUCAGCGUUACUUCAGCAACCACUAUAACAGUCCCGAUCCCGAUAACAGGCCAAACAGCUGUAAGGAAGUCCCCUGCUCUGGCUCCUGCCCUGUCUCUCCUGUCUGUCUGUGUUUGGUUCAGCUCAGCCUGGCUUGUUUGUGUUGUGUUGUAUAUUAUCCAUCGAGCCACGUAGCUACGACCCCUGCAUGCUAAGUAGCGACCACCGCUCCACGCCGCAGCUAGCUAGAGCCUUUGGUGUUUCAAAGACGAGCCUACCAGAUCUACUGAAGUUCAGUUAAAAGCAUCUUUAAUCAUUUACUUACCUCAAAAGCCUAUUAUCUUCUGAAAACACUUUUUUAAAAUGUGAGGUAAAGACUUUCGACAAAGGGUUGUGCAGGGCAGGAAGUUUUGGAGGGAAAGUCUUGUAGUCCGGUGUGUUGUUUGUUUGUAAAACUUUUUUGUGUUUGUGUUGUGUGUGUGUGCGUGUGCGUGCGUGCGUGGGUGGGUGAAACAGCGGCCACACUCCUCUGAUGGUGACAGGAACUAAUCUGGAUGUGGUUCAGGAGCCUAGGAUACGGAUCAAGUACGGCGGCCGCGAGUCUGUCAAUGUGAGUAGUACUACACACACAUACACUACACACACACACUGGAGUAGAUGAUGUUGGGUAUGAUUGAGUCAUACAAAUGCUUGUCCUGCUAACCCCCAACCUCCUCCAACCUCCCCACAAACCCUAUUUCAAAAUCUCCCUAAACACUCUAGCUAGUCUCUUUAAAUAAUGGAGCAGUUAGCGAGUGUUCCCAUGCAGUAUUUCAUUGGAAAGUUUUAACACCAUCAGGCUCCAGUUACUAUCGCCAGUCAGUCAGGGCCUCAGCUCGAUACAGUCCUGCUCUAACCUGCUUAGCCCUGUUGUUAUGGUUUGAGACUUGGCGUAGUCAGCCUGAAUUUGAAAUACCUCCUCAGACACUUUUCUGUAAAUCUGGAGUGUAGGUGCAGCUUUGGAGGGUGGAGGGCUGGUGGGGUUUGAGGCUAGGAGCGUGGGGGGCUGGUAGGCAGUGGUUAGAGGGUUGGAGGGCAUGGGAAGGGUUGGAUGGUGGUGGGUUUGGAAGGCUGGGGAAGACCGAGGGGCUAGUCUGUUCCUAGUGGGUUCUAAUGGAAGAUGAAGUGCUGUCAGAAGGCUUUGUUCAGCAUAAAGAGCCCCUCUCUGUAUAAUCAGGGCCGGGCGGGCGAAUCGUUACAAAUUGCAUUUAUGCUCUAGUCCUCGGGGUCCAUGUUUAAUUAAGGGAAUGGUAUUUUUCCACCGCUGCGGUCGGGUGGGUGGUCAGGGUAAAGGUGGGGAGGGCAGAGGAGUGGAGGGAGGUGAGUGAGGGAGGGAGGGAGGGAGGGAGGGAGGGAGGGAGGGAGGGAGGGAGGGAGGGAGGGAGGGAAAACAGGUAGUGUGGAACAAGUGAUUCAUGCCAGGAAAUACAGCGUAUCCUAAAUACAUUUAUAAAAUUAGUACAUGCUCAUAAACACAGCACAAACUUUAGGCAGAUGCAUACUGUACAGUCACAGAAAUGAAACAUGCACACACAGACCACCACCACCAUGACCAUGUUCUGAAGUCUAUUUUAAUGGUCUCUUUAUAUAAUGACUUCCAUCUCACACCUCACUAGAAUGUUGCUUUUUGGGUCUCAAAGAAUCUUGUUAGAGAAUCUCAGAACAGAUUUGUUCCAAAGUAUUGUCUUCUUACCUUCUGCAUUCACAACCCUCCUCCCACUCAGACAGACUGUAGUUCACUUAAGUGGUUCUGAGGUGCCUGCAUUUCUUCAUGAUUUCUCCAGUACCCAACAUCAGAACUGUGCCCUAGGCCAGGGACCAUCAACUAGAUUGUUUCUUGAGCGGGCUGCAAAUUUACCACAAAAAGCCAAAACAUAUCAUAUUUGACUAAAAUAUAAUAAUUUCAAACCUUGCUUACAUUUGUAUAUGAUCACAUAUAUCUCUGUUAUGCGUAGGGAUACUUUGUAAAAUUGUCAAUCACUUGGAGCUGAUUUGAUGGUGUUUUUACAGUCUUUUAUGUCCAACUAUAAAAAUAAUAAUAAAUCAAUAUUUUUUGGUCAGAAAACUUGGGGGGCCAAAUAAAAUCAGCCGUGUGCCAGUUGGAGAACCCUGCCCUUUGUUCUACUACUGUACAUGUCUUCAUGUAUGGACAGUUUCCCCAUUUUACAUGAAGAAACCCAGUCAUUUUGGAUCUAAUGAAAGACAGUCUCAAUGCUUUACUCACACACAAAAUAACUGGAUCAGAUCAGUAAGAAUUCUUGGAAGCCUCUGAGCUGAAAUAGGAUUUGACUUGUGUGUGGGUGCUGUCUGCUGUGUAACUCAGGUGAAAGCAGAAAGCUUUGAGCGCUCAGUGGCGUUCUCCUUUAAAGUGCAGUCUCACUUCCUCACACACACACACACACACACACAGUGCCUCUCACAGACACUCGGCUCCUCUUUGAUUUCCUUGCUCCAGAAGGAGGAGAAGAGAAGAAGCCUAGGUUACAAUUACGGAUCUCUUCAUCCCUUCCUCUCGUCUUUGUCACAGGGGGAAAGGCAAACAGCACGGCAGCAGCCGUGCAAUCAGGGCCCAGCCCAGAGAGGGCCUGUCAAGUCAGCCUUCAAAGUGUCAUCUACCUCCCAUUAAAUUGCCUCUCUCGUCUCCCUCCCUCCCCCUUCCAUCUCGUCACCUGCACAAGAUUCUUCACAAAGAAGGCACAGAAAGGGAGACACCUUUCUUCGUGACACGCUCUAUACCUGUCACCGGUUCACAACUGAAACAUUAAUCAUUGUCUCUGAUUAAUGCUAAAAAGUGUUAUUUUUCCUCUCACAGACCCCCCAUUUUCUCCUAUCUUCUCUUAAAGAAUUUCACCUGCCACAUUUUGCCCCCAUUAAGAUGUCUGUAUGGCUGAUGUGAUGUCAUCAUGAGAUAGAUACAGUAGAGGCUGCUUCCCAAAUGGCACCCUGUUCACUACAUAGUGCAUUAAUAUGGGCCCUGGUCAAAAGUAGUGCACUAUAUAGGGUAAUAGGGUACCAUUUGGGACGCAGCCUGAUUGUCAGAAGUGGAAGCGAUCAGCAGCAAUUUGAGCUGAUUAGAGAGAGAGAGAGAGACCUAUACUUCACUAGGUCUAUAGAGCAGCACAGCACCUACAGUCCUUAUGCAAUCAGACUGCUCUCUUUAGAACUUUGUCCUCCUAGGACAUGGUACAUCACCCCCAAGAGACAUACACUGAGUGUACAAAACAUUACAUUCAAUGCUCUUUCCAUGACAGACUGACCAGGUGAAUCCAGGUGAAAGUUAUGAUCCCUUAUUGAUGUCACUGGUUAAAUCCACUUCAAUCAGGUUAAAGAAGGAUUUUUAAGCCUUGAGACAAUUGAGACAUGGAUUGUGUUAUGUGUGCCAUUCAGAGGGUGAAUGGGCAAGACAGCAUAUCUAAGUGCCUUUGAACGGGGUAUGGUAGUAGGUGCCAGGCACACCAGUUUGAGUUAGUCAAGAACUGCAACGCUGGGUUUUUCACGCUCAACAGUUUCCCGUGUGUAUCAAGAAUGAUCCACCACCCAAAGGACAUCCAGACAACUUGGAGUCGACAUGGACCAGUAUCCCUGUGGAACGCUUUCGACACCUUGUAGAGACCAUUCCCCGAUGAACUGAGGCUGUUGUGAGGGCAAAAGGGUGCAACUCAAUAUUAUGACGGUGUUCCUAAUGUUUCGUCCACUGUAUAAUGAACACUCAGAUAGAAUCACAUGAAGGAAUAGAUGGUGUGACUCCACUAUAGAUACAUCCUGCUCCCUCUCAUUUACAUCAAGCUAAAGGCUUGGUUAAUAACCUCUCUUCUCCUUCUAUGUCUUCCAGUCUUGUCAGGUUGUUUCCUCCUCAUCCACUACGUCUGCACCAUCCAUCCAUCCCCUCUUCUCUCCACUCUCCAUCCAUCCAUCCAUCCAUCCAUCCCCUCUUCUCUCCACUCUCCAUCCAUCCAUCCAUCCAUCCAUCCAUCCCCUCUUCUCUCCAUCCAUCCAUCCAUCCAUCCAUCCCCUCUUCUCUCCACUCUCCAUCCAUCCAUCCAUCCAUCCAUCCCCUCUUCUCUCCACUCUCCAUCCAUCCAUCCAUCCAUCCAUCCCCUCUUCUCUCCACUCUCCAUCCAUCCAUCCAUCCAUCCAUCCAUGUGACUAAUAUCAGAGCCAUAUUGUCAGAAUUAACAGCUGGUGGAAACAAACAGGACAUGGAAGGAAAUGGACGUAGUGUAGGAUUGAUAUCAGCCACUAAUAUCACUCAUUGGCCAGAAUAUUGCUCACAUAAUAUUUGACCCUUGACCUAACAGAGCUGUCUCCUCUCUCGUACCCCUGAAGCCUAUUUCCUCUACUGCCUCCCUCUCUCCAAGUCAGAGACCUGGCGCAUAACUAUUCUCUGCUCCCUCAUAAGAGCCUAUAAGAGCCCUGAGAUGAUUAACAGCAUAGUAUAUAGUUGCACAUCUUGGGACUAAGAUACACCAUUUCUUACAUCACUACCCAUAUAGCCCAUGCUGUUCCACUUCACUACCCUGGCAUAGCCAGUAUGCCCCCCUUCACUACCCUGAUCACUAACCUUAUAGGCACUAAGCUCAGUGACUUAUUCUGUGGCCUCUUUAGAUCUUCACACAUCACAUUAGAUCACAUCACAUCCAGUCAUGGCUGAAUCUUAUAUGACUGCCUUUCUCGGAAAACAGGAUUCAGGAAGAGGGGGAAAACAUUUCUCACCCACCAACACACAAACACACACAGAGUGUUGAAAGAGUGUAUUGAAAACAUGCAGCAUCCUUCCAGCUAGCUAGCCCAGCUCUGAACAGAUGGUAGUGGGAGCCAUACUGUACUGUAGUUGACUUGCAAAUGCAUUGCUGUUCUGUUCUGUUCUGUUCCAACACAGACAGACAGACAGACAGACAGAGACGGACGGACGGGCGGGCGGGCGGGCGGGCGGGCGGGCGGGCGGGCGGGCGGGCGUGCUGUGGUAG